UGGAGCCAUCAGCCAUUUAUGACACCAGCGGUCCUUGGGCAAGGCAGCCUAAGGAUCACCUAAAUAAAAGGAGUCAAGAGAGGUAAUGUGUCAGACACAAUGGCAAGGUUGUGGAAGGCAUUUGUGUUGGUGGUGGCUUUAGUUGUGGUAGCCUGUGAAGCCCAUCGCCCACCAAGAUAUGAGGAUAUUGUUGACCGGGCCAUAGAGGCAUACAACAAUGGGCGUCCAGGAAAGUCCCUCUUUCGCCUGGUAGAUGCCCCCCAGCCAUCUGGUCAGUUCUCCGCUAUCAGUAUCUCAUUGGAGUUCAGGAUUAAAGAGACAGAGUGCAUCUCCAAUCCGGAAAGGCAGCCUAGAAACUGCAACUUCCUGGAGGAUGGGGAGGAGCGAGACUGCACAGGUCAAUUCCUCAGAAGGAGGCGUUCAACCUCUUUGACCUUGAGCUGUGACAGGGAUUGCAGUAGAGAGGGUGCCCCGGUGAAGGAGUUUUCUGAUUACACUGUGCAGGAUGUCUCUGAGAAGGACCAGGUCAAAGAUUUUCCCCCUGGAGAUCAGAAACAUUUAUGAAAAUGCCAAGUUUGACAUCAUCAACAACAUCCUUCGUAAUUUCUAGAGCUGGAGAAGGGAGGGGAGGCUCUGCUUGCCUCUAUGCCCUCCUCUUCUCCACUCCCAGCCUCCCUAUGCUGUCUCCAGGACCCUGCUGUCUGCACUUCACAGGAGGGCUCCUCUCUAGAUUAACUCCAAGUCCCAAAGCAUUCAUAUCUUUACACACUUGCUCCCUUCUCUGCCCUACCCUAUAUCUGAAACCAUUUACUCUUCAACGCCCAAGCUCAAAGUCCCCUCCAGCAGGAAGCCUUCCCACAUCUGUUUGCUCAAAAUCCUCACACCCCAUUGGUACUACCUGCUGUGUCUCCAGCAGACCACGCUGCAUCUGUUCACAGCUGGGCUUCCUGGGCCAGUUGCAGGUAGCUGUAGAAUGGAUUUUUCAAUGAUGGGUGUUCCUGGAGUCCUGGAAGAACAGUUCCUUUUGUCCAGAUCCUGAGUACCCCUGCUCCUUGUCCAGUCCCUGUGCCCUUCUACACCAAAUGUCCCCUUACACAUCCAGACUGGGAUGUGUGUAGGGGGUGGGGAGGUUGUCAGAUCAAGACCUGUAAGAGAGACUCGAUAAAAUGCUUCUGAGAUUAA